ACACCUGUCCUCCCCAGGUAUGCUUCAGUCCCAAACCUUUUCCUCCCUCCUUUUCACUGCUUCUGCAAACACGUAUAUCUUUCACCUCCCUGAUUCACCAUCACAGAACUGUGGGUUCAGAAAGUAUUGUCUUUUUAUUGCAGGUUCUCCGUGUUUCUCAAGUGCUCCAGAUUAACUUGUUCUUUCCUUUGUCCUCCCACAAUCCCCUUUUCCCCAGCUUUCUCCUUCGCCGUCUUCCUCCUCCCCAUGUGGGAUUCUUCACUCUUCGGGGCUACCUUUCCCUCCAGGUCACUGAGCUUCUUUACGUAUCUGCCUUUCUCCUUUUACCCUGUCUUCCUCUCUAUGCUUCUCUCCCUGUCUUGCCGCUCCUGCUCCAGCUUCUUUCCAUCUCCCACAGUUCCGACACUAGAAACAAAGUCACGGUGUUUGCACAGAACCAGCCUCUCUAGUCGUCCCGUCUGGGUUCGCGACAUUCCACCGUGCCCCUCCGCGCAUUCCAACUGCAAACAAAGAGUCCUCCUUCUCCCUCCCCUACAUUCUCUCAUUCCAGUUCCUGAAUAUUGGGGUCGCCGCUCCCAAACUGGCCUUUGCCUUCCUCUGGGCUCCAAUCUGCAGAUCUCCACCCACCACGCACCACAGGUCCAGCGCCCCCCGCGACGCACCGUGGAUCCGUGCGCAGACACCCCCAGAGCUGCAGGACGCACUGCGCUCCGCCCUUCCAGGAAAGUAGAUCCGGCCAGGCAGACAAAAGUUUGGGAGAGAAGUUCCUUUUGAGCCGAGUGUGAGAAGAGGGGGCGGGGGCCCAGAACGGUCGGGCUGCUCGGAGAGUCGACGCGUGAACAGAUAGACCUGCGGCCGGGACAGCCCUUCCAGGCCCGCUUAGCCCCAGAUGCCCUGGGGGACGCGGCCCCUCCCGCCGGGGGAUGCUGCAGGAUUCCCGGCGCCAGGCACCUGGGCCGCCCGCUAAGCCCGAGUGCCUGCCUUGUGCCCUGAGGGAAGCUGAGUCCCGCAGCCGAGGCGCUGCAGGGUGCCGGGCGGGAGGUGGCUGGAGGCCCCAGGACCAAAGGCAUGGAGCGGUUAGGGGAGAAAGCCAGUCGCCUGUUGGAGAAGUUAAGACUCUCGGACUCCGGCAGCGCCAAGUUCGGCCGCAGAAAGGGUGAAGCUACCCGGUCUGGAUCUGACGGGACCCCCGGGCCGGGCAAGGGGCGCCUGAGUGGGUUGGGGGGACCCAGGAAAUCAGGGCCCCGAGGAGCAACCGGGGGUUCAGGGGAUGAGCCAUUGGAGCCUGCCCGAGAGCAAGGGCCCCUGGACGCGGAGCGGAAUCCGCGCGGCUCCUUUGAGGCGCAGCGCUACGAAGGCACCUUUCCGGGGGGACAGCCGCCCACCCGGGCCUUGCCUCUACCUCAGUCACUACCCCCUGAUUUCCGGCUGGAGACCACAGCCCCAGCCCUAAGCCCCCGCUCCAGCUUCGCCAGUAGCUCAGCCAGCGACGCGAGCAAGCCGUCCAGCCCACGGGGCAGCCUGCUGCUGGACGGCGCGGGGGCCGGAGCCGGAGGAAGCCGGCCCUGCAGCAACCGCACCAGCGGCAUCAGCAUGGGCUACGACCAGCGCCACGGGAGCCCCUUGCCCGCGGGACCAUGCCUGUUUGGGCCACCCCUGGCCGGAGCCCCGGGGGGCUAUUCCCCUGGAGGGGUUCCGUCCGCCUACCCGGAGCUCCACGCCGCCCUGGACCGACUGUGCGCUCACCGGCCAGCCGGGUUCGGCUGCCAGGAAAGCCGCCACUCGUAUCCCCCGGCCCUGGGCAGCCCCGGGGCUCUAGUCGGGGCCGGAGGGGCAGCAGCGGGGCCCUUGGAGAGGCGUGGAGCGCAACCCGGACGACACUCGGUGACUGGCUAUGGGGACUGCGCGGCCGGCGCCCGAUACCAGGAUGAGCUCUCCUCUUUGCUGCGCCUGACGGCGGGCGCCGGGGGCCGAGAGGUUGGCACCCGCCGGGAACCUUCGGGGAUUGAGCCUUCGGGUCUUGAGGAGCUACCAAGUACAUUCGUUCCAGAGGCGGCCCGAGCCCGGAUGCGGGAGCCGGAAGCCCGAGAGGACUACUUCGGUACCUGUAUCAAGUGCAACAAAGGCAUCUAUGGGCAGAGCAAUGCCUGCCAGGCCCUCGACAGCCUCUACCACACCCAGUGCUUUGUCUGCUGCUCCUGCGGGCGGACUUUGCGCUGCAAGGCCUUCUACAGUGUCAACGGCGCUGUGUAUUGCGAGGAAGAUUAUCUGUUUUCAGGGUUUCAGGAGGCAGCUGAGAAAUGCUGCGUCUGUGGUCACCUGAUUUUGGAGAAGAUCCUGCAGGCGAUGGGGAAGUCCUAUCACCCGGGCUGCUUCCGAUGCAUUGUCUGCAACAAGUGCCUGGACGGCGUCCCCUUCACCGUGGACUUCUCCAACCAGGUGUACUGUGUCACUGACUACCACAAAAACUACGCCCCCAAGUGUGCGGCCUGUGGCCAGCCCAUCUUGCCCUCAGAGGGCUGUGAGGACAUUGUGAGGGUGAUUUCCAUGGACCGUGAUUACCACUUUGAGUGCUACCACUGUGAGGACUGCCGAAUGCAGCUGAGCGAUGAGGAAGGCUGCUGCUGUUUCCCUCUGGACGGGCACCUGCUCUGCCAUGGCUGUCACAUGCAGCGACUCAGUGCCCGACAGCCUCCUGCCAAAUAUAUCUGAGCUGGAGUCACUGCUGCUGCCGUCCUCAAGGUUGACAAACUCCCAUGGCCAGUGGGCCCUUCCAAGGGUACCUGAGGCAAGCAGUUUGCUCUGCAGUGCUGGCCAAAGAGCCCUCUGGGGAGAGCCCCAAAGGCCAGAGACCCAAAGACCCUAACAUUCCAAAUGGACUGUGGAGGAGGGAGCGGUGUCCAAGUCGGAUGACCGGUCCUGGCGUGUGGGCAGUGGGCAGGGUCCAGUACUCUGUGAACAGCAGUUGCUGGCCUGUUUCUAGGGUGUGUGUGUAUCCGUGAGGUUCUGUCCCUGAUGACAAGAGGAGCGGUUGCCAUGAGUACUUCAUCCCCUUGUACCCGUAUGUGCAGCAGGCCUAGGGCCAGCCGGUAUUCCCCAGUGUCCUCUCUGUACCUAGAUGAGGAAGUGGAAACCCUAGGCUUUUUUCAGGAGUAAUUUCUUGUCCUCUCUAAAGACAGGAAAGCCCCUUAUCCCUUUGCUGGGGAAGAGGGCCAGCUCUACGUGGGCCUCAACCCAAACUGCCUGUUUCUCAGGGACUCGCAUAGGCCCAGGUACACUGAAUGGGGGCCCUGUCCUUGGUUGCUCUUCUUAGCUGGGAAGAUGACAAGUGGCCUGUGUGGUUGUGGGCUCGCUGGGUGGUGUGACCAGGAAGCUUCAGGCCAGCUCACUUGCGUGUUUAGGUACAUGGAGCCCUGUGCCCAGUGCAGUCUCCGUGGGUGUGCUCGUGUGGUGUACAGGUGUGUGUGGCUGCGCACACCCACACACGGUGUCACCCCCUUCGUCUCAGGUCACUCACACUCGGUUCCCUAGUAGUAGUUUUCCACUCCAGACCAGCUACCUUUCAGUGGAGUUCCAGAUUAUAACCACUGUAACCCCCAAACUCAGGUUUAGGGGCACUAGGAGGAGUAAGUUCCUUUGCUUCCAGUUGGUUUGACUGAAACUUGAAUUCACCUGAGUGUACCUUUCUUAAAAGCAGUUCACUAAAACUUGCUUGCCUAAAGUUCAGUUCACAUCAUGAGCAAUUUGACAAAAGCUAAAUUCCCUCUUGGGGUACUUUUAUUUAUAUCCAUUUAGGUGUUCUGUUCCUCUCUGUCACACUCCGAGUAUUUCAAGGAUUUAUAUCUAUUCAUUCAGGAGUUACCAGUAACACAAAUUUCUCAAAUUUGCAGCACUUUGUAAAUGUAACAUUGCUUCCUACCUUUGUGUAUGUCUUUUUUUCUGUUACCUACUUUUCAAACACUUUUUAAAAAGUUUAAAGAUUCUAGCAAUAAAUACAAUUGGUACAGACACUUUGCACAUAA